AUGAAGUCAAUGAAAGUUGCUAUGUACAGCACGAGGCAGUAUGACAGGAGGUCGUUUGAGGGCGAGAGCGAGCAUAUUACCGCUGCUGGAAUCGAGAUUACAUAUCUUGAGCCUCACCUGAAUGUAGUGACCGCAAAGCUUGCCGAAGGUCAUCAAGCUGUAUGCUUGUUUGUCAACGACGAUGCCAGUGAAGAGACAUUGCGAGUACUGCACUCCCAAGGGAUCAAGUAUAUUGCUAUGAGAUGUGCAGGGUACAAUAAUGUCGAUCUGAAAGUAGCCGAAGAACUCGUCGCGGAAUUUACUGUUGGAAUGCUUUUGACUAUCGUCCGCAAAUAUCAUAAAUCAUACAACCGAGUUCGGGAGGGCAACUUCCUUCUAGAUGGACUUAUGGGCUUUAACCUGGAGGGGAAGACCAUUGGAAUCAUUGGAACAGGCAAGAUAGGCAAGUGCCUUUGUACAGGGCGUAUAUUGGCCCACGGCUUCCGUGCCAAGGUCAUUGGAUACGAUCCAUACCCGAGUCCUACUGCUGCAGAAAACGGAAUUCAGUAUGUUUCCUUGGACGAACUGUUUAAGGCGUCCGAUAUUAUCUCGCUACAUUGCCCUUUGACACCCGACACAGAGUACAUUGUUAACGAAGAAGCGCUAAAAACCACAAAACCAGGCUUGGUCAUAGUCAACACAAGCCGAGGUGCCUUGAUCAAUACUGCAGAUUUAAUCCAUGGACUUAAGUCGGGGCACAUUGGUGCUGUCGGCAUGGAUGUGUAUGAGCGUGAAUCUAAGUACUUCUUCCGCGACUCUUCCAAUAAGAUUAUCCAAGACGACCAGCUCUCUCGCCUGGUCUCGUUCCACAAUGUUUUCAUCUCAGGCCACCAAGCCUUUCUGACUAAGGAGGCACUAUCUGCUAUUGCGAGAUCUACUGUGGAGAAUCUCAGAAGUCGUGCGCCAUCAAGCCUUGGAAUAAGGUCACACUCACCUUCGCCCACUCCCUCUGAUGGAGCACAGCUAUCAACUGUGGUGGUUGUGGGCGUUUGUGCCAUGGACGUCAAGGCAAGAUCGAAGCCCAUGCGGGAAAUCAUCACGAGACUGGUAGAGAGGGGCCGAGGCUGUAUAGAAGUCAAACUUUUCGGAGAACAGGUGAUCCUAGGAGAAGGUCUGUCGCGUGACCAUAGUCUGCAGUUUCGAUUGAAAGGCACUUAUCUUGUCGACUCAAUAGAUGUAAAAAACUGGCCGCGCUGUGAUAUACUUAUCAGCUUCUUUAGCACGGACUUUCCGUUGUUCAAAGCUGUGGAAUACGUUAAACUUCGUAACCCGGUGUGUAUCAAUGACCUUCAUGCCCAAGCGCUCCUUUGGGACAGGCGGGUCGUUGUCCGCAUCCUCGAUCACUUCUCUAUUCCGACUCCUAGACGACUGAUAGCUUCCCGUGAUGGUGGUGCCAAACUUGAUGCAGACUUAUUGGCACUUGUUGAGAGUCACACUGGGCUGAGACUCAACCUCGAGGAACCGAUGGCUGACGUUCGGAUGAGAGAGGAUGGCGAGGCUAUCAUAGUCAAUGGGCAGGUGAUGGAGAAACCGUUUGUGGAGAAACCAGUGAACGGGGAAGACCACAACGUCUACAUUUAUUUUAAGGGUGGGCAGGGAAGGAGGUUAUUCAGAAAGGUCGGGAACAAAUCCAGCGAGCUCGACCCUACCCUCUCUACACCACGCAUGGAAGGGUCGUACGUCUAUGAAGAGUUUAUAGACGUUGAUAACGCCGAGGAUAUCAAAGUGUACACUGUUGGCCCAACUUACACCCAUGCGGAAACACGCAAGUCACCCGUCGUAGACGGAGUUGUCCGCCGGAAUACUGAAGGAAAGGAAAUUAGAUUCAUUACUCAUUUAAGUGACGAGGAAAAGUCCUGGGCAAGCAAAAUCUGCGAGGCGUUUGGACAACGCGUGUGUGGAUUCGACGUGCUACGUUGCGACGGUGGCGCCCGGAGUAUGGUGAUAGAUGUAAAUGGGUGGAGCUUUGUAAAGGGAAACGAGACUUACUAUGACAAGGCCGCGGAGAUUUUAGCGGAUGUAUGCUUUAAAUACAGCAUCAAACCUGGUCGAGCUCCCGGUGCCAAUGAUAUUAUGGAUGAUGGCCCUCAGUGGACACUCAAGGCCAAUGUCACGGUGUUUCGUCACGCCGAUCGCACACCAAAGCAAAAGCUGAAAUUUAACUUCCCUGUUUCGGAACCUUGGACAAAACCCUUUGUCGACCUACUCAAUGGAGAGAAGGAGGAAAUCAUACUGCGUGAAUCAGAGCAACUUAAGAAAAUCGCCGAGGCUAUCCAGCAAGCACGAGAUUUGGGGGCAAGCGGUGAAGACCUGAAUAAACUCACGCAGCUCAAUAAUGCAUUAUUCAGCAAAAUUGACCUUCCUGGAACCAAAGCACAGCUAAAGCCUGGGUUUACCAAGGGUAAGGCCGUUGGUCCUAGAAAGCUGGAGAAACUACAGCUAGUGUUCAAAUGGGGAGGCGAGUUUACUCAUGCGGCGCGUUAUCAGUCACGAGACUUAGGAGAAAGCAUGAAAAAGGAUAUUACUAUUAUGAACAAGGAUGUUCUGAACAAUGUCAAGAUAUUCACAUCCUCAGAGCGAAGAGUCACGGCCUCCGCAGAGAUAUUUGCUGCGGCACUCUUGGAUAGUAGCUCCGCCACAAAUGCCACGAAUAGCACGCUUUCCACCACGACCACCGCUACUACUACCACCAUCAACCCAUCGUCUGCAUUCACAACUACACUCACACCCACCAAGUCUUCUCAUGCUUCUGACAGCGGGUCUAUCAUGUCCGUCAAGGUACCGACUUAUCAGCUUAUUAUCCGUAAGGAUCUCUUGGACGAUUCGAAUGCUGCCAAGGAUCUCACCGACGACGUAAAGAAACGUCUCAAGUUUUUGCUACGCCCAGGCGAGAGCGAACGCAGACCAGAGUUGACCUGGCCCAAAGGUCUAAAGAAGGAACCGGUGGAGGUUGUGAGGGAAGUUAUAGAGCUAUUGACCAAGUUCCGCGAAGUUAUGCGCAAGAACUUUGAAACUAUGGACGUCGAAAGAAUCCAGCAGCGAUGGUGUUGUGGAGACGAACCAUGGCUGUUCCGAGAGCGAUGGGAAAAGUUGUUCGAAGACUUCUGCAACGUCAAGCAAGAAAAGUUCGAUCCAUCGCGAGUUUCAGAGCUCUACGACACACUGAAGUAUUGUGCACUGCAUCACCGCACCUUUCUCUUCGCCAUAUUUGACGAAAACGGUGGCAGUGAGCUGGGAGCGCCACAAAAUCGAACACUGCAUGAGCUUUAUGGUCGAGCAAAAGCUCUUUUUGACCUAGUCGCCCCUCAAGAAUAUGGUAUUGAGCCGGCCGAAAAGGAGGAGAUUGGAGUCUUGACGUCUCUGCCUCUCCUGAGAAAUGUUGUUCAUGACCUCGAAGAAGCACGCAACUCGGGAGAAUGCUCUUUGACACUUUAUUUCACCAAGGAAAGCCAUAUUCACACAUUGGUGAACCUUGUACUACUCAGUGGCCUGCCUAUUGCCAACCCAAGGAUACCUGAACUCGACUAUGCUUCUCAUAUAACGUUUGAAUUGUACGAGAGAGUUGGUGGACGCGACGGCCGACUCGAUAAAGAGUACAGCAUCCGACUGGCACUCAGCGAAGGUGCUCACUCUUCUAAUGUGCUGGAUUCCGCGCUCGAUGCAAGGCAUUCCCUGAACGUAAAGCAGAAGAAGAAACUAACCCAACACCUACCGUAUGAUAUGGUUAUUGAAAAGCUUUCUAAACAUUUCCAUCGGGUCCCUAACGACGAGGACAUGUUAUCAGACCCCAACCCUGAAGCAAUUGUUGUCCAUUGGUUGGAGUACCUGAAGUCUAAAUUGUCACUUUGGGAGACUCAUUGUGGUCUGAUGGAUUUCACGAUUCAAAAUAGAGUCGAGACAAUUUUAUUGAACUUGAAUGUGUUGUCUAUUGUACAGUUGAGUGUACUGAAGAUGAUGCUACAAUAA